AUGUCAAAACUACCACAUACUCCUCUAAAGAAGAAUGAACAGUACUCACACUUGUGUAAUUAUCAACAUUUGAAAAGACAAAAAGACAAAAUCCCCUUCUCAUCAAAAGAUCAUUUAUCCCAAGGGAGAUACACCGCACUUCAGUCAAUCCUCUUAGGAUCCCAGAUCUCAUGUAUAGCAUUGAAUCGACCAGGACUGUCUCGGUCGUAUAGUACAAGUGCACUGCAUGAUUAUAGGCGUAUCGAAGAAAGCCUUUUUGGUCAAGCAUUACAAAGACUACCAAAGCAUUCUGAAAUUUCUUAUCAACUAUCAAAUGAGAAAUCGAGGAAAUACUCCUGUGAAGGAAAGCCUGAAAAGUACUUGUCUUCAAAGCCUUCACUGAUCAGUAGUAGAAUAAAGAAUUCUCAAUGUCCUAUUGGUAGACAUUUAUCCUUUAUUGAACCAUCCAACUCAGAAUUAAUAUUAAUCCGGCGAAAUGGUCUACACCAAACAUAUAUUGUCUACCAGUUUGACAAACAUUCGUUGAAUCCAAUUGGAAUAUUUCCAGUCCAUGAAGAUACACCGCGACGAUGUGCUUGUUAUCCUCCGAAGGAGAAUCAAGCCUUCAUUACAACAGAUUCUUUAUAUCCUUAUUGUUCAUACAAUCAUUUUCUAGACCGUUCAUCUGGAAUGCAUGAUACAAAUCAACAAUCGUCUACUUGUCGUUCAUUUCAACAGAUCCCAACAGAUGAUAAUGAUGAUGAUAAUGAUGAAAAAUCAUUGAUCAGCAAGAUCAGUAUGAAACGAGAUCAUCGUCGCCAAAGUAAAAAACGACAUGAUCAGUUGUACGGCGAUUGUGAUGAGACAGUCAACCCGCCGAAUAAAGUGAUUACUCAUCAUAAUAAAAUUAUACAAACUGACAGCUGCUUACAACAAGCAAGACAUAAACAAAAAGGCGUACAAACUGAUCUCACUUAUUGUGUUCGAUCUGUCUACGGUGGAGCGAUCAAGGUGUAUAAUCAUCCACCGAAUUCCAGUACAAAAUUAGAGUAUUAUCGACAGACGAGUAAGAAAACCCUGGCAUUAGUGAAGAAGGGUAACUUACGGAAGAGAAGACCAACGACAAUAACAACAACAGCAGCAACAAGAGAGAGACAUGGAAAAUUCCAUAAACCAACAAAAUAUUUUUCAGUAAGUCCAAUGAGAAAGUAUUAUCAUUUGAUGAAUGGAAAGACAAAACACUAUCGGAUGAAUAAAUUUUCGGAUAGAUAA